CGAAAUAAAACAAGUCAUAGUACCACAGAAUAUCUGUGAUAAUAUAAUGAAAUAUAUACUUAUACCAUGAUAAUGAAUUGGCACUUUUUUUUUAAAAAAAUUUCAGGAUUUUUAUCUUAAGUUUGUCCAUUUCGUUCGGUGGUUUAACAAAUUGCAGUAGCCAGUUAUAGCAGUAAUAUUAAAAUUAAUCAAAAUGGUAAUGUAUUUCAUGAUAUUUUAAUCAAACAGUAUUAUUAAAUAUUAACUUAAAUUUUAAACUGUUAAAUCGUUUUAAAACGAUUAAAGAAAAGUCGUUUAAUUUAACAUGCAGGUAUAUCUAGUCUAAUUUUUUUUGUUUAUAUUUAUAGAGUAUCAUGGAUUACAAUGGUGGCGCCUUAAUUGGUAUGAAAGGCAAGGACUGUGUUGCUAUCGCAACAGAUAAAAGAUUUGGAAUUCAAGCCCAAACAAUAUCCCUCGAUUUCACUGUAUGUUUUAUUGAUUUUAUUAAUUGUUAUUGUUCUAUAUAACCCAUAUAAGUGUUUUUAAAUUGUGAAUUGCAGAAAGUUUUUCAAAUAAAUCCUCACACAUAUAUUGGAUUUCCUGGUUUAGCUACUGAUAUAUUCACUGUGUACGAAAAAAUAAUGUUUAGGAAAAGAUUAUACGAAUUAAAAGAGAACCGAAAAAUAUCUCCUAAAGCUUUGGCAUCUGUGGUCUCCAAUUUGUUGUAUGAAAACAGGUAAAAUUAUUUUUUCAUUAGGUACUCAAAUAUUAAACUUACCAACACAUUUACAAACAAAUUGUUUAUUAUAAAAAAAAAAUAAGUUUGAUUAAUUUCAUCUUAUAAAAUUUUUAUGAUUGUGUGCAUAUCAAACUACAUAGUUUUAAAAUAGAAAAAAAAAAUUAUAAUAUUGUUUCCUUAUUAGAUUCUGAGUGAAGUGAGGUAUGUAUUCGUUUUACAGUGAUGUUUCUUUUUUUUUAUAUAUCCUGUUUACAAAAUUUCUCUUGCAAAUAUUGUUACUGUCAAAACAUGACAAAAGACCUUUCAUUGUUGUAUUUUGGUUCAGGGGCGUAGAAAAGUAAUUUUUUAGAGGGGUAACCAUGUCCAUUUGGCUGACUGACAUUAAAAAGAAAAAUGUACAUACAAGUAUAAAAUAUGUUUUAUUUUUAACUGUACAAUUUUCUCUAUGUUUUUACGUUAAUAUUAAAAUUUAAAACUGUUAUUUACACAAAAAUUAAAUUACUUUUUAGAGAAUGAACAUACAAAAAAUACAAAAGCAAUAAGUACAAAAAGUUAUUAAAUACAAAUUUUUCAUUUUUUUUUUUAAAUUGACUAAUCUUUGACAAUACUAUCUAACUUAAUAUCAUUUAUUAUAUCUUUUUCCGAGGAAAGUAAUAGUAAACCACUUAAAUGGGUAUCACUCUCAAUUAUUCUCAAGUAAUUCUUUAUUAAUUUUAACUUGCUGAAUGAACAUUCAUUUCCAGCAACAGUUACUGGAGUUGUACACAGUAAAUGAGAAAUUCUAUUAGCUAUGUGAAGCAUUUUUUUUGUUUGUUCUGAAAUAACAGCUAAAACAGUUUUUGUUUCCUUACAUUGAAAACGCAAUUUUUGUUGAAAAAGCAAUACUAUUGACUAAGCUUCACUCAGAAUAGUUUUUCAUUAGCAAUAAUGAUUAGUCUUUGCGUUCAGAUGUAAAUUAAAUUCUCCUUUUAGGUAGAUAUCUUCCUAACUUCUCACCUACAAUAGUGAUCCAUCCAUGGUGCAAAGCAUGUCUGCCCAUUUUUUCUAUUUAGAAUUAUAAAGUUUAAAUUAUCAAAACUUAGUUCUACUCUAUAUUUAUUUAUUUUUAUAUUAUUUGUCUAAUAUUUUAUUCUGGUAAAUUUUAAAAAAAAAAACUUACAUAUUAUUAUAGUUUAUUUGUAUAAUUAGUGUACUAUAGGAAUUAGAUUAUAAUAUGUACUUAAUAUUAUUUUUUAAAAUAAAAUAAAUAUACUUGAAACGGAACAUGUAGUUAAAUGAAAAAGUUCAUUAUAAAAACUUAAUUUUUUUUGUAAUCAUGUAUUUGAUUAUUUUAAUUUAAAUUGUUCAGCAACUGGAGACAAAAUUACCUAAAUGUAAUUACUAAUGAUAAUAUUAUGAUGAAUGGUAUGUCACAAUGCACACCAUUUAUCAUAUUCACUGUUUAAAAAAAAACUUUUAAUAUAUAUUAAUAGCAUACAUAUUUAUUAAUUAUCACACUAAAUACUAAGUUCUAAGAGUACCAUUUUUUAUCAAGGAUUUGUCCUAAAAAUUCAAUAGUCUUUAAGAAUUUCAAUUUUUCUAAUUUUACUUUUAAACCAGUAUUAUGAAGUUUAUUGAAAUACCAAAACUUAAACUGUUUCCGACCUAUAUAGUUUUACUGGUUAUGGAUUUAUUAUCGUGAACACAGAUUCGUACUGACCCGUCAGGUAACUGGGCAGAUGAGCAAUGCUUCUUUUACACUUUUUAAAAGGGUUGUCACAAAUCUGGAAAAAUCAGGGAAUUAAUUUAAAAAGUAAAAAAAAAACCAUGAAAAGUUUAUGAAUUUAACAAAUAUGGUUGAAUAAUUUUUACUUUGAUUAAUAUUUGAAUUUUAUAAAAAUAAAAAUAAUAUAUAACUUGAUAUUAUAGCUGUAAAUAAGAAAUAAAUUAUUGAUCACUAUUUGGCACUAAUUAGUUGAAGACCGUAGUUUAUAGUUCACUGAUUUUACAGUUGAUUAUCAUGACUCCAAAGCAAAAAAUAACAAGACUAAUAAAACCAAUAUUACUCAGGUUAGAAUCAUUUUUUUUCGUUUUAAAUGAUUGGUUGUUGCAUACAGUAUGUAAACUUAAUUACCUAAUACUGCUUCUAUUUUGAAAAUAUCUUUCAAUAAUAAAACUUGAUACAAUUUUAUCUUACAUUUCUUUAAAAGAGAAGAAAUUAAAUAUUGUUAUUUUACCUAUACCAGAUAAAUUAUUUUAGUCUGUGCCUCUGUGGGAAGAAAGUUAAUAAUAGAUAACCCCCAAAAAUUAUCAUAAUUAAUCUACUAGUUUAGGGGCCUUUUUAAAUAAUUUAGCAAGCAAUUACCUGGAUUACGAACCUCGACAUCUGUUUAUAAACCCACAUCGCAAGAACGACUCACCUUUAUUGUUAUUUAUGAAUUUUGACUUAUUAUAAUUCUAUUGUAAGUUAUACCGUUAUAGUUUCAUAUCUAUAUCAUGUUUUGUAUUGUUUUAGUUAACAUUUUAGUUAGAGUUUGAUAGUUAAGUUGAUUUGUGUUAAAAGCCAUACAAAAUAAAUAAAUAAAUGAUAAUUGAAAACACCCUAUAGAAGUAGCCAAUACAAGUCUGCCAUUAGUACACCAUUUAAAUCACUAAUAGUGUUAUAGGAUUUACUGAAAUGUGCUAGUACAUAAUUAAUAUCAUACACUUCAAUGAACCUAGUAUAUAACCUUAAAUUUAUAUUUAAACUAAUUAAUACUUUUGCUUAUUUAUAUUACAUUAUUGCUAUUCAACACUGAAAUAUUUUAAAUUAAAUGUUUUAUUUUGUAUUUUCAGAUUUUCACCAUUUUUUGUUGAACCUAUGAUUGUUGCUUUAGAUGAAGAAACACUAGAACCAUAUAUGUGUGACAUGGAUUUGAUUGGUUGUGUAAAUAAAUCAGAUAACUUUGUAGUAGGUGGUACUAGUUCAAGUCAAUUGUAUGGUCUUUGUGAAGCUUUGUGGGAGCCAGAUAUGGGAGAGGAUCAGCUAUUUGAAACUAUCUCGCAAGCUUUAGUCAGUGCUUGCAAUCGUGACGCCAUUUCCGGUUGGGGUGCAAAAGUUUACAUUAUGUAAGUAUUUUGUUUAAUCAAUGCAACAUAUGUUCAUUUAUUGUGCCUUUUACUUUGAUACUUAAAUUAUUAUUUUUUUUAAUUUCAGAAAAAAGGACAAGGUUAUUGUACGUGAUAUCAAGACACGUAUGGAUUAGAUGUUAAGAAUUUAAAUUUAUAUUAAAUCAUUUACACAGUAUAUUCAAUUUUCUUUUGAACAGUUAUUAUUUUCAUGAAAAUUGUGUAAGGGAUUCAAAACAUUUAUAAAUAAAAUGUAUAAUUACAAAAUAUAAUUUUUUAAUAAUUCAGGUGUAUUUAACUUGUUAAGUUACGCAAAUAUUUUCUCUUCACGUCUCUUUUUAGGCAUCAUUACGGUACCAGGUUUGUGUUGUGCUUCUGGAUGAUUAGCCAAUUCCGGAGGACAAGUCGAUGCAGGACUCGCUUGUAUGACUUGUUUGAGAUCAUAAAACAAUGGUGAAUCGUCUUUAGUCAAGAAUGAAAUUGCUACUCCAGUUUUUCCUGCACGACCCGUACGUCCAAUACGAUGUGUAUAAUCUAGAAAAAAAAACAAUAAUUUGAAAACACAAAAAAAAUUCAAUUGACCAUUGUUAAUAACUGCAGCAUUUAGUUAGAAGUAUUAGUUUAGUAUAUUAAGAAAGUCUACCAAAUAAAUAAAAUUACCUUCAAUAGAUUUGGCCAUAUCAUAAUUGAUGACCAUAGAAACAUCCUUAAUAUCAAUACCACGACCAACAACAUCUGUUGCAACCAAAAUAUCUUUUUGGCCACCUUUAAGACUUGCAAGAGCAAACUCACGCUGUUCUUGUCCUUUGCCACCAUGAAGCGUACAGGCGUUAUACUAAAAUUAAAAUAAUAUUUACCAGGGUAACAGAUAUAGCACAUCUAUAAAAAAUAUAUAAUUUAUUGUGUAUUUGUAAAUUUACUCCAAGUUUUUCCAGACCCUUAGCCAAAACAUCUGCACCUUUUUUUUGAUUGACAAAUAUAAUAAUUGGAGGUUCGACUCCACGACUGAGGAUUUCAACGAGUCUUUUACGUUUAUCAUUUUCACUCAUCAUGUGUACUAUUUGUUCAGUACGUUCUACAGGUUUACCAAUGGAACCAAUGUAAACAACAGCAGGUCGACGUAAAUAUGUUCGAGCCAAACGUUCUACAGCUGCAGGCAUGGUAGCUGUAAACAUCACAGUCUAAAAAGAAACAAAUUGUUAUAAUUUAAUUAAUCAAGAAAUUCAAUUUAAAAAUUAAUAGUGUAUUUACUUGUCUAUAUUUUUUCUUUGAAUAAUAAUUAGCUAAUAAUUUAGAUUCAUCUUCAGCAUCCUCAUUAUCUGGCUUUAAAUUUGUUACAGGCAUAUAUUCUAAAAUCUUUUGCACAUCUGGUUCAAAACCCAUGUCUAUCAUUCUGUCUGCUUCAUCCAACACUAUGUAUGUGCAUUGAUUCAGAACUAAAUAUCUGUUUUCCAGAACGUCGAUCAAACGACCUGGUGUUGCAAUGACAAUCUACAGUUCAAAAUUAAAUUUGUAUAUAGUGCACCAUUCAAAUUUGGAAAAAAGAAUAAAAAUUACUUCACACCCCAAUCGUAACCUGAACCCUUGUUCUUCCCUAGAUAAACCUCCUACAACAACUACAGUUCUAAUACCCAAUGGCUGACCAAAUUUUAAAGUCUCUUCUUCAAUCUGUUGAGCCAACUCACGAGUCGGUGCCAAUAUAAUUGAGUAAGGACCCUG